ACAAUGGCAGGUGGGGAUGAAAGACUAAAAGGAAAAACACAACCAUAAUACAGUGCUUGCUUAUGUAAUGCUAUGCCCAAACCCGUACCCAACAGGUGUGGGGGCUGAAAAGCAGUGUUGUUUCAAAGCCCUUUGUCAUAUAUUAUCCCCUUUGGCUCCUAACACCUUGUAAAAUAGGUCACGCGGAUAAUAUUUCAACUGAAGAAUUAAACUUUGAUGUACUGAAAACCACAAAACUAAGAUUUACUGGUGUUAUAAUGGGUAAGACGAGGCUAUGGUGUCAGAUAUAGCUUGAAUUCCCACUUCUACUAUCAACUAUUUAUUAGACUUGGAGCUCCCGUAUGGCCCGUUCCCUCAUCUGUAAAAUGAGAACAAUGAGUACUUUCUGCAUGUUUCCCUCUCCCUCCUCCAAAAGUUCUGCACAUUUUUCACUGAGUUCCCAGAAGUUUAAUUUGGUUAGACCCAAUAUAAACCUUGCUUUGAUCUUUUCUUAGAAUUUAAGCCUCCAACUUAAAGUGUUCUCUCCUACUACAAGGUGUGAAGCACCAAUUGGUCCCUUGCCAGUUGCCAAUGUUCCAGCUGUCAGCCACCCCACCAAGUGCCCUUGCAGAUGACCCAGUGCAUAUCCACGUGACAGGCCUGCCCCCAUCCCAGGUGGUGACUCUGAAGGCCUUGCUGAAGGAUGAGAAGGGGAAUCUGUUCCAGUCCAUGGCCUUCUACAGGGCUAAUGAGGUUGGUGAGGUGGACCUGGAGCAGGCUCCUGCAUUUGGAGGUGACUACACGGGGGUACAUCCAAUGGGCCUCUUCUGGUCUCUGAAGCCUGAGAGGUCUUUCCCGAGCCUGCUCCAGCAGAAUGUGAUGAACAGCCCCUUUUGGGUUACGCUGGACCUAUAUGACUCUAUUUGUUUUCAAGAUUCAGCCACUGUUCAGCCCAAGGCUAGCCAGACUGUGCAGCACUGGUUCUCAGUCUCUGGGGUGCAGAGGAAGCAGAUCAGAGAAGGUCGAGUGCGAGGGGCCCUUUUUCUCCCUCCAGGGGAAGGCCCUUUCCCAGGAGUAAUUGAUUUGUUUGGGGGUAUUGGGGGCCUAAUAGAAUUUCAGGUCAGUCUUUUGGCUUCUGGUGGUUUUGCAGUGCUGGCAUUAGCAUAUUUUGCCUACGAAGACCUGCCUGACAAACUGCAGGAAGUGGACUUGUAAUAUUUUGAGGAAGCUGCCAACUUGCUACUAGCUCAUCCCAAGAUCCAAAGCCCAGGGAUUGGAGUGAUCUCCGUGUGCAAAGGUGCCGAGAUUGGCUUGGCUAUGGCAUGCUACCUAAAGCAGGUGGUGGCCACCGUCUGCAUUAACGGGACCAACGCCAGCUUUGAAAUUCCACUCAGAUACGGUGAUCUGGUUGUGACACCCAUUCACUCAGCUCAGGAGCGCCUGCAGGUCCACGUCUCUGGAGCUGUGCGCAUCCGCCACUCUAAGGGGGACCCCCGAGAUGAGCUCCAUCAGCAGAGCGUGCUUCCUAUUGAAAAGGCCAGGGGUCGGAUUCUUUUCAUCGUCGGAGAGAGUGACGAAUGCCUGGAUAGCAAAGCGUACGCUGAGCAGGCCGUGGACCAGCUGCGGAGCCACGGCAGAAGCAGCGGGAGGAUGCUGGCUUAUCCCCGGGCAGGCCACCUCCUAGAGCCUCCCUAUGCUCCCUUGUGUUUCGCGUCCUGGAACCCGGGCAUUUCAAGGCCCUUGCUUUGGGGAGGAGACCCUGCUGCUCAUGCGGCAGCCCAGGAGCACGCCUGGGGGGAGAUCCAGAAAUUCUUCAGGCAACACCUCAAUAAGACCAGAAGCAAACUCUGAGCAAGGGCUGAGUGAUGAUGGGGUGGGCAGAGGCUGGAGUGAGGGUGGGAGGAUGAUGAGGAUGAGGCGAGAACGAGGUGGGGUGAGGGGAUUCUCCUAGUUUGGCUAGAUCCACAGUCAUCUUGAAUCAACUGGAAGGAGGUAAGACAAAAAUCAAAGGACUGGGCACACAUUCAUAGGAAGUAUUUCUCAUAAAUUUGUACGUGUUACAAAUUUUUGUAAAUUGAAUUCUACUUUAUACAAACUAAGGCACAUUAUUAUUUCAAAAUAGUGAUACCCUUGCAAACUGUUUUAUUGUUUUUGUUGUUGAGACAGAGCCACGUUCUUUCACUCAGACUUGAGUGCAGUGGUGAGAUCAUGGCUCACAGCAGUUUCGAACUCCCAGGCUCAAGCUAUCCUCCCAGCCUCCUGAGUCACCGGGACUGCAGGUGUGUAUCACCAAGCCUGGCUAAUUUUUUUUUUUUUUUUUGAAGAGACAGGAUCUUGUUAAGUUGCCCACACUGAUGUUGAACUCCUGACCUCAAGCAAUCGCCUUGUCUCUGCCUCCUAAAGUUCUGAGAUUAAAGGCAUGAGCCACUACACCUGGCCCCUUGCAAAUGGAAUAUCUUUUAUACCCCGGUUAGCAAUAACUUGAGCCAGGCAUUGCCAAUCUAGAUAAAUUCCCUAGAACCUCCCAGUUACUGACAGAAAUACAUUUUCUGUUUAUACUAUUUUGAAUUGUAUUUCAGACUCUUUUUAUAAUUUUAUAAUUGUAUUUCAGACUCAAUUUAUAAUGCUUGCUAUAGAUUUCCAGUAGAUUCUUAAUUUUUUUUUGGAAUAGUGAUGCUUCUAUUUAUUCCUAAAACAUAAUAUUUACCAUUUUAAUAAAAUAGGAUUUUAUCAAAUGCCUUUGUGGUAUUCAUUAAAAUUAAAUGAGUUGAUAUUUUUAAAGCUGUUAGAACAGUGCCUGGCACAUAGCAAUUACUAUUCUGGAGUUAGCCAUUAUUAUUUUCUUAAAGCUUUCCUUCUCAAGUCUGUUAGUGAAGUGAAUUACAUUUAUUAAUUGACUCAUUUUUCUUAUGUAUCUAAUUUUAAUAGAUGAGUUUCUCAUAUUGAUUAAUGUGGGUUCUAAAACUUGUUUUAGAGCCAAUGUGGUCAUUUAUAUUUUUUCAGAAUUGCACCCAUGUUUUCUAGAAUACAUUUUUCUCUUAUAAUUUUUGACAUGGCCCCUAUUUAUAUAUGUGUUUUCUUUUUCUUCUUGGCCUGAUUUGCCAAAUAUUUCUCUUUUAUUGAUCUUUUCCAGGGACAGUUUUUGGUUUAUUUGUUGGUCAAAUUGUUUUUUAACUCGUUGAGUUCUGAUUUUUAGAAAUAAAUUAUUUUCUGCUGCCACUUUUGUAUUUUUCUGGCUUUGUGAUAGACAGUGCUCUCAUUUCCUUAAUUUCUUAAAAAGUUCUAAUUUACUUUUUGUUCCACUUAAACCCAAGACUUAUUUUGCAAAAGUACAAAGCAUUAUCCUGUAAAUAAUUUGUCAUUACUAGGAGGUGGGGAGAAAUGUUACUUUGCAAUGAAGGAAUCAGAUUAUUACAACCUGAACUCAAGGCUUAAAUUUAGCAUCUGUAAAAGGGGUCAGUGACAUUAUAUGUUUCAGGAUGGGAUGUAAUGUGGGGGACCCAGCACUGCUUAAAACUAUUCCUGACAACAGUUUCAGGAAUAGUAAAAGUAAUCCUAGGAGGAGACUUGAGACUAACCAACCCUUUAAUAAUUAAUUAAUAAUUACUAUGGUAUCUGGAAAACAAAGUAAAUGGCCCUACAAGUUAACAAACUGAUUAUGGGUCAUUCUAUGGGACAACUGCCUUGCUUCUUCAAGUUAAUCGCAUGAAAAAAAGAAAGGCUGGAGUGGGCUGGGGCAAUUCAGAACUAAAAGAGACUUGAGACUUGUCAACAAAAUGCCAUGUGUGGCCCUGGUUUGAAUAAAGUAACUGUAAAAAGACAUUUUGGGGAUAAUUUGAGAAAUAUGAAUAUGGACUGGAUAUUAAAUGAUACUAAGGAAUUAUCUCAUUCAGUGCAAUAAUACUAUUGUGGUUAUAUUUAAAAAUCACUAUUUAGAGAUCCAUUCUGACAUAUUUAGCAUAAUAAAGUGAUAUUUGGUAAUUUAAAAUACUAUGGGAAUAUGGCAAAAUGUGAAUAAGUAUUAAGUUUAGAUGAUGGGUAUAGUCAAGUUUGUUAUAUUAUGCUCCCUAUUUUUAUGUGUGAUUGCAAUUUUUCACAAUGAAAAGUUAAAAAAAGGAAUAUAAUCAAGAUAUUUACCUUUCUGCUCCAGAAGACAAGAAUAUGAGUAUGUAUGACAUCUUCUUCUCCACGGCAUUCCUCAUUAGUUUCGGGUUUUUUAAAACAAUAAUAACUAUGCUUUAGUAACUUCCUUGCUCUUUUUAUUUACAGCAAUAACUGUGGCAUUCUCGCUCCUUCUUACAAUUCAUUUUUUAAACAUUCUUGGCUUUACUUUUGCCAUUUGUUCAAAGUACAAGCUAUUUAAAAGAUUCACAUCCAUUUGAAGCUUAGCAUAUCUGAAAAUGUCUAUAUUUUGCUCUGACAUGUUAAUUGUAAUUUUUAUAGAUAAAGAAUUUGAUGUUAAUAAUUA